ACGGCCUGUUGACGUCUUGAGUUUCGAGAAAGGUGAACAAGCGUUUAAUCGUAAACCGUAAAUAUUUUACUCAGAUAGUGUAAUUUAACCACCAGGAAUAUUUUGGUUAUAAAAUCUUCGUCGGGAUGAACAAGUUUAUUCGCUGUAUCAAGUCAAAAAUUAAACGUGACAACGAAGGGCCGGAUAAAGUUGGAGCCUGCAGUCGACAGCUACGGCAAUUGCACAUCACGGACUUGCCGCCAGAGGUGCUGGCUCUCAUUUUCGAACAUUGCUCUUACGAUGUCUUGGGUAGACAAGUGAGGCUCGUGUGCAAACGAUUCUGUGACGUCGCCACCUCAGUUCUCAAUUGCGGGUUCUCGACCUUGGGUCCCAAGAUUGAUCGAGCUAUGGCGGAUGCCGUGUCUCUUUUUGAAGAAGGUCGAACAUUGGAAGAACUUCUGGUAACGACUCAACCUUUCACUGCAGCUAUGGUGGAUGUCGUGCCUCGUAUAGGACAAGGUCGAACAACUGAACAACAAAUGCUAAUAGAUCAACAUUACAUUGCACUGAUGAUUAUGAAGUGGCGGUACCGCUUGUUGAGAGCCGCCACCGGGAGAUACAUUUACAGCCCUUACUCCGGCUCUGGACAUCUGGCGUGCUUCUACGCCGGCAGUUUGCUGGACGAGUUCCUUAGGUUCCUGCGAGUGGCCUGCCAUUCGCCAACCCUCUUGGGGUCAGCCAUGCUUAACCCAGAUUUCGGAAACGAAGUAUACAAACUGUGUGUUCGGUGCUCGAUAUUCAUGAACCACUUCAAGAAAAGAACUGAGAAAUUCGAACGUGAUUAUUCCAUCUCUGGGGCAAAGCUUAUUGACCUUUACUGUGGCUUGAUGAAGAGACAUGUCAGGAUGACCCCACAUGAACAGGCGGUGACAGUCAAUGGAACGGAAUGCCACAUCGAGGCUAAUUAUAGGAUGCCUUACACGUGGUUCAAUUGCCUACCUUCAUCUAAUGCUCAACCUAAUCAGUGGAGCGAAGAGCCGAGAUCGAUAUACCUGCGCACACGCCAACUAAUUAAUGACAGGAACCAUUUCUUCUUGGAGAAGAUUCACCACGAAAAAGAACUGCUGAUUCGGAAAGUACCAUAUAUAUUAACAUUAAAAUACAUUAUACCUUCUCUUUACAACGCGUUUCACCAGAAUUAUGGUUAUUUGUUUUUUUAUGGAACCAUGGAUCGGUCUACUUACGACCACAAUUCCCAUGUAGAAAGAUCUCCAACCGUUCAGCUUUUCCAUUACUUUAAUCUGGAUUUUUUUACUUCACGUAACGAAUCUGAUAAGUCUGACGGCGUAGUUAAUGUUCCACAAUCCUCUAACAUGGACCUGAAUAUUGACAUGGAACUUCACUCACGGCUAAGACUGGCACCAAUAAGAUUUUCUGAUAACUCUCUAGCAUAUAUUUGGCCGUCCGCUGUAAUCGUGGGCGGUUAUCGCCAGAUUCGCUUCAAGUGAAUAACGGAACUAAAUUCCUUUUGGAAAUUACUAUAAAUUGCUUUGCAUCUCUUGCAAACGGCAUCACUUCUACGUUUUAACCAGUGGCGGCCCGUUCAUAAGAGCUACAGAAGUCCCUAAAAGUUUUAAAAAAUAAAAAAAAAAUUGUUUUUGUUUUUAUAUAACUUGUAACACUUGAUUUCCUCUAUAUCAUUAUUUUAAUAUUUCCCUUACGUUUUCAUUAUCCACUAAUCGGCUGAAAUAACAGUAAGUCCGCGUGCGAGUAGUGCGAAGCAGGACGGGGCUAUCAUCUGGCUGCAAGGAUCUCAGCGCAGCUAGCCGGUCAAAAGUAGAGCGCGCGUCGGGUGAUGGAGUGAGGGGCAGUUCAAUGGUACAGCACGUAUCGGGGCUGCAGUCCAUGCAGCCGGCUCAUAGUACACACGAUUGCCCGGUACCACGUGUUUUAGACUGAUUCCUGUAUCACAAUCUGUUUCGUGUUAUUGUUAAUGAGUGUUCAAUAAUUCUGUGUGCUGACUAUUUGUUGUUCUGAUAAUGACAAUGAGCAAAAGAAGUGUAUCAUAUUUACGGUAAAUUGCUUUUUCUCAAUUGUCUCUGAGUAAAAAAGUGAUGUAAAAAAAUCAUGACUGUCUUCGUCCGGGCUUACAAAUAGUUAAAACAUCGUCGAACAAGAAAAGCACUUACCAAAUAAAAUGUAACCCGAAAAUUUAUUGUAAGCGCGACUUGUUGUGCGGUUGCGAUGUUAAAAACGCAUUGUUCUGCUUUCCAUGUUUGCUUUUCGGUGGUGAUGCUACCUGGGAUGACGGACUUUGGUCACUUGCCAGAAAAAAAUGUUAAAGCAUGAACGCUCUGCAAAUCACAUAAGAAAUAUAACCGUCUUUCCACACUCGACUCUAUGUUUGUUUGCUGUAGCCACGGGUCAAACCCAAUGCCUUGUCUGGCGCUCUUGCGGUUACAACUUUUAGUACUUCUGAUAAGUGUGGAAGGGAUAUAAGGAAAUUUUGAUAAUGGAAGUGGUUUUUGUCGGUAUGCAUGGGCCUCCGAUUCUCAGGGAAUGUAAGGGGAAGGCAGUGGUGGGUGUGAUGUUUUGCGGAGGAUGCGAAAUCUCUUACCUUGAGUACUGUAUAUGACACUGUUGAGCUGAUAUAUGGCCACUUUAAUUUCCUCUUGAUACACUUUGAUGUAUAACCAAUUACUUAAUGCCAGGCAGAGCGUUGAUUCUGCUGUUUGUCUUUGUGUGUAUAUA